CAUGUUAAUAAAUUAUAAUUUUCAAGCAGAUAUCAUCGUUGAAGCCCGGUAUGGUGCUCAAAGGAAACAACGUCGGUCAAGGACAGCAUUUACUAAUGCUCAACUAACAGCUCUUGAAAAAACGUUCGCAAAAACUCACUAUCCCGAUGUGGUUAUGAGGGAGCGUUUAGCCAUGAUGACUCAUCUGCCAGAAUCAAGAAUUCAAGUGUGGUUUAAAAAUCGGCGAGCAAAAUUUAGAAAGAAGCAGAGGGGAAGUAAACAAAUUCAAAAUGUUCCAAAGGAAAGAGAUGAGGAAAAGAAGGAAGAUUCCGAAGAAAAAUUUAGUUCUAAAUCGGAUGACAAUGACGAGGAGGCCAAGAGUGAUACUUCUGAAACAUCACCAACUAAAUCAGAUUCAAAUCAGAGUGAAUUAUUUUUCUCAAAUAGCUCAGCCAACGCAAGACCUUCCGUCAAUCCACAAUUCUUCAGUAGUCCUCAAAUGAAUCUACUGGAACAGCAAAUGACGCAACCAGCACUUAACCUACUUCAGCGUCACCUACUAACUCAAAGCGGUUAUUUGAGUUGGCCAUCUUCAAUCUCUUCACCCCUGCCUGUGCCGUCUGCGAACUUUCCACUAUUUGGAAGUUCUGUUUUGAAUGGAAGAAAUUCAUCUUCACUUGGCCCUGAUGAGCUGGAAACGGCGCUGGUAGAUCUUACUAACAACAUGGAAAAGGUAUUAGAAACCACAAUGUCAAUUUGGAAUGAAACAAAAGACGUUUAUGAAUUUAUAAAAAAUCCAGGAAAAUUAAGUAAAAUGGGAAGUCUUAUCGGACUUUACCACCAGUUUUUCAUUCAUUGCGAAAUAGGUAGUCUAAUGGACUUAGAAAGGAUCUUUAAACAGUUUUAUACAAAAUUAUCAGUUCAGGAAGCAGUUGCAGACUACGACUUCGUUGAAAGAAAAUGGAACAGAUUUCUUGAAAAUAUUGAUGAUAAACUAAAUCCAUCUUAUUAUAGAAUAUCUACUGUAAACUCCAUUGCACCAAUAGAAACACGUGGAAUGGAAGGUGUUAAACUUUGGAAGAGAGACACCGGUUGUGAAUUUCCAGUUUUUGUUGACGAAGAGAGGAUUCUUUACAAGACAAUUGGUCUAAAAGUGACUGUUGCAAAAGUUUGGAGCUCAACUUCAUUAGGUUACUACGCCGAAGUCUUAACUAAUGGUGGAAAAUUAAUUAGCCCCUAUUCUAACAUAAAAGAUGACCCUAAUCAAAUGGGCGGCAACGUGAUAAUUGAUAAUACAGGAGUUUAUCGAUUUAUUUAUAAAAGCAAAACGCCACAAGACAGACCUAGCAUGGAAGAAUUAGAAUCGUCAAUUAAAUCCUUGCAUAUUGUUAGUCGAAUUUAG